GCCAUGUAUAUCUCUAUGUGCUUGCAUGUUUAAAUAGUCCAAAAGAUCAAAUAAAAUAUACAUCUCUUCUUAGCUAUAUAUUAGAACACCUUUUCCUUCAUUUCUCACCACCAACAAAAGACAAAGAGUAUUCUCAGGUUUCUAUCUCUCUCGUCAAACACAACGAAAGACAUUGAAACAGAGAGAAAUGGCUCUUAAGACAUUGCAAGCUUUGAUCUUUCUUGGUCUAUUUGCCACCUCAUGUCUCGCUCAAGCUCCGGCUCCUGCACCCAUCACGCUUCUCCCUCCGGUAGAGUCUCCUUCUCCGGUAGAGUCACCAACUGCAGAGCCACCGUCUCCGUUUGCUUCACCCCCGGUUCCAGUCGAAGAACCCACUCCGGUUCCAACAACUCCACCAACCGUCUCACCCCCGACCACGUCGCCUACAACUUCCCCUGUCGCUUCUCCUCCUAAAACACAUGGUUUGGCUCCAGGGCCAUCAGGUCCAACACCAGCUCCUGCUCCGGCUCCUAGAGCAGACGGACCGGUAGCUGACUCAGCAUUGACUAACAAAGCUUUCCUUGUGAGCACGCUCAUUGCCGGAGCCUUGUACGCCGUCGUUUUGGCUUAGAGGGUGCCCUGCGUAUUACUCUAUCUCUCUCUCUCUCUCUCACUCUCCUUUUAUUUUUCUUAUCAUUAUCUGUUUAAGAGAUCUCUCUGUUUUCCCUAAAUACAUUUAUUCCUCUUUGUUGUUGUUUUCUUUUUGGGAUCUUUUUAAUAUUUGUAUAACUUUGAUUGGGCCAUGUGAUUAAACCUGAGGGAAGAAUUUCUGAUUGUAAUUUUCUUCAUUAUUUUUUGAUUAAUAAAGUCUUGUUUAAUAUGGUUGCA